CUUCCAACUGGGGUCUUGUACUGGUUCUUCCUGGGUCCCCGCGUCACCUCCUUCGGUCCAGGCCUGCCAUCCGCACCCUGGCCCAAGGCCAUCGGUUCCUGCUCUGUCAGGCCCUGGUCGCGCCUUCCAGCUGCUGUGUGCGCUUUUAACCCUUGGCUGAUGGGUACGUGACAUCUGACGUUCCAGGGCCCAGGAUGAGGAGGAGCUUAGCUCCCAGCCAGCUGGCCAGGAGGAAACCGGAAGGCAAGUCCUCUGAUGAUGAAGACUGGCAUCCUGGAGCAGCAGCGGAAGCAUUUAUUCGAAGCAUUUUGUCAAAGCCUUUCAAAGUUCCUAUUCCAAAUUAUCAAGGUCCCCUGGGUUCUCGAGCAUUGGGCCUGAAAAGAGCUGGGGUCCGCCGGGCCCUCCAUGACCCCCUGGAGGAAGGUGCCUUAGUCCUGUAUGAGCCUCCUGCACUGAGUGCCCAUGACCAGCUGAAGCUUGACAAGGAAAAACUCCCUGUCCAUGUGGUUGUUGAUCCUAUUCUCAGUAAGGUUUUACGACCUCAUCAGAGAGAGGGAGUGAAGUUCCUGUGGGAGUGUGUCACCAGUCGGCGCAUCCCUGGCAGUCAUGGCUGCAUCAUGGCAGAUGAGAUGGGCCUGGGGAAGACACUCCAGUGCAUCACAUUGAUGUGGACACUUUUGCGCCAGAGUCCAGAUUGCAAGCCAGAAAUUGACAAAGCAGUGGUGGUCUCACCCUCCAGCCUGGUGAAGAACUGGUACAAUGAGGUUGGGAAAUGGCUUGGAGGGAGGAUCCAACCUCUGGCCAUUGAUGGAGGAUCCAAAGAUGAGAUAGACCGAAAGCUGGAAGGAUUUAUGAACCAGCGUGGAGCUAGAGUCCCUUCUCCCAUCCUCAUCAUUUCCUAUGAGACCUUCCGCCUGCACGUCGGAGUCCUUCAGAAAGGCAAUGUUGGACUGGUCAUUUGUGAUGAGGGACACAGGCUCAAGAACUCUGAGAAUCAGACUUACCAGGCUUUGGAUAGCUUGAAUACUAGUCGGCGGGUGCUCAUCUCUGGAACCCCCAUCCAGAAUGAUUUGCUUGAAUAUUUCAGUUUAGUACAUUUUGUGAAUUCCGGCAUCCUAGGACUGGCCAAAAAAAAAUAAUCUUCCCUGUCUGUCUUACCCUGCCGCCGCCCUCGCCGCCCCUCUCCCGCCAAAGGACAACAGUUUUACUAGCCUUUUGUCCUAUUUUCUAGGUGUCUCAUACGGAGGACAUCUGAUAUACUUUCUAAAUAUCUGCCUGUGAAGAUUGAACAAGUGGUUUGUUGCAGACUGACACCCCUUCAAGCUGAGUUAUACAAGAGAUUCUUGAGACAAGCUAAGCCAGCAGAAGAACUGCAUGAGGGCAAGAUGAGCGUAUCUUCACUUUCUUCCAUUACCUCAUUAAAGAAGCUUUGUAAUCAUCCAGCUCUCAUCUAUGACAAGUGUGUGGCAGAGGAAGAUGGCUUUGAGGGUGCAUUAGACAUCUUCCCCCCUGGUUAUAGCUCUAAGGCUCUAGAGCCACAGCUGUCAGGUAAGAUGCUGGUUCUGGAUUACAUUCUGGCAGUGACCCGAAGCAGCAGCAGUGACAAAGUAGUGCUGGUGUCUAAUUAUACCCAGACGUUGGAUCUCUUUGAGAAGCUCUGCCGAGUCCGAAGGUAUUUGUAUGUCCGCCUGGAUGGCACAAUGUCCAUUAAGAAGCGAGCCAAAGUUGUAGAGCGUUUCAACAGUCCAUCGAGUCCUGAUUUUGUUUUCAUGCUAAGCAGCAAAGCUGGAGGCUGUGGCCUUAAUCUCAUUGGGGCUAACCGGCUGGUCAUGUUUGACCCUGACUGGAACCCGGCCAAUGAUGAACAAGCCAUGGCCCGAGUCUGGCGUGAUGGUCAAAAGAAGACUUGCUAUAUUUACCGCCUACUGUCUGCAGGAACAAUUGAGGAGAAGAUCCUCCAACGGCAGAGUCACAAGAAGGCACUGAGCAGCUGUGUGGUGGAUGAAGAACAGGAUGUAGAGCGUCACUUCUCUCUGGGUGAAUUGAAGGAGCUGUUUACUCUGGAUGAGGCCAGCCUCAGUGACACACAUGACAGGCUGCACUGCCGACGCUGUGUCAACAACCGCCAGGUCUGGCCACCCCCUGAUGGUUCUGACUGCACUUCAGACCUGGCUCAGUGGAACCAUAGUACAGAUAAGCGGGGGCUCCAGGAUGAGGUACUCAAGGCUGCUUGGGAUGCUGCCUCCACUGCUAUCACCUUCGUCUUUCAUCAGCGUUCCCAUGAGGAGCAGCGGGGCCUCCGCUAACCAGCUGGUCUCUGGUGUAGCUUGUUAGAAGAUG